UCAGAGUCUUAAAUAGCCGUUACCAAUGGUCUCUUAUUACAGACACAUUCUUAUCUCAGACACCCGACACUACACUUAUCUUUUCCAUUACACGAUGAAUGGCUGUGUCCGUUGUUUUUGCAUGGCAUAACUGGGUGUCGUACCCAGGCGUUCAUGGUACGAUAUAACGGUUGAAAUCUCUUUGCAGACGAGGAUGGAGCAAUGGCGCGGUUUUGGCGAUCGUGCUGGCAGUUACAUUAUUCGUUGUCAUUGUGUGCCUGGCGGCGACUGGAGCACUGGCACGUAACACAGCGGAAUUACCUAGCGCUGUCGACAAAGACAUUUCUACCAACGCUUCUACGCACGGUCCUACCACCAGUGGCGUUACUACAAAAGAAGCGCCACAGAAAAUUACAAGUGAGACUACUACUACCGGAACAAACGCCCCCACUACAACUACGACGACGACGACAACAACAACUACGACGACAACGACGACUACAACUACGACGACGACAACAACAACAACAACUACGACGACCACAGAUAAGCCGCGUCUCAUGCCUCGUCCACUGUUCUGUACGACCAAGAGCAUGGACGUGGGCGAUCUACGAACACAUCCAACGGACGGUCUCUGCGACGUGUUGCUCUUGGACAUUCAACUUCAGGACAUCGACAGCUCGAAUGACACGAACGGCAACACUCAUUUGUCGCAACUCAAGCUUUACGCGCAGUCGUCAACACAUACUAAAUGCGGAAUAAACUUCGAUCAUUCCACCCCGCGACGCCCUGAUGUUCGGCAGAAGGUGCUGAGCCUCUUAGAUGAUCUGUGGCACCAUCACGUGAUGUUCUACGGCGCCCUCGACGGGCUGUAUGGAGACGACACCGAUCCACUUGAUAUCGUAUCUUUCAUGCGAGAAAUCUUGUCGUACAAGCACGCAAGGUUUGAUUCAUCAGUCUACGUGUACGCCUUCGCUGGAAUCACGGUCUUGAUAACUGUGUCAAAUGACCCUAUAAACAUGUUUGUCACAUAUGUUCGAGACCUUUUCAGCCAAGCUUUGGUCGACGUACUGGUAUACCAAACAUCGUACCGGCCGCCUAUUCAGUGUGUCGCCAACGGGCCAGCACCUUGGAGUUUCCAAUUAGGAACCCACCAGUCGUCCAUUGUGGGAUCUGCAGUGGUUCGCUCCAAGAUAAAUAUUCCACCUGGCAAAGUGGAGAUGUUUACAUCGUCGCUGUGCGCCAUUAAAACCAAGUUCCAAAUAGAAGCAACGUUAUCAACGGAGCUCAAGAUGGGGCGGGAUACUUCUUGCCUCGCGUCGGACAUGGACAGCGUGACCAAUUACACAUGCCCGAAUGCGCCCGACGCUUCACAUGUCUACCGCAAAAGUGUACAUCAGAUACACGAAAUUUACAAGUGGAAGGAACCUGCGACAGGUGGCAACAGCUACUACUACAUCUUGGUCUACGACACGGAAGAGACGCUCGCAGUAAAGGUGUGCAGAGCAACGAAAGACAUUGGUUUCAAAGGAGGUUGGGUUCUACGUGACCUCCCCUGUGGUUUUAUUCAAAGCUGCCAACACAACAGCGCCCAUCAGGGACUCCUGAAGCGUGUCAUCUUGACAAAGUCUUAUCUGCACGAAGGCUAUUUCAAUGACUCAUGUCCAACUUACGGGAAUAUGACAGGCAGCUCGGACGAAGAGUAGAUGUCAAGGCACUGGAAAGUGUUCCCAAUAAAAUAAUAAAGGCUUAAAAAUACCUUGC